UGGAAAACUGCCAGACUCCUGGGCAAGAACCGCUCGCGAUGCAGGAGCAAACGGACUGACCGCUCAAGCAAGAUACCGUCUCAGCAUCAUUCUCACCCUCAUCGCAAACACGACUGAGCCUCCUUUUCAAACGACGACCCAGAAUCUCAAAUUGUCCCGUGACACAGACAUGUCUCUCAUCUCCUGCAGCUUGUUUGCGUUGAAUCGAGGCCUGCUCUGCCGGGAUGUACCCUUCCGCCCCUCCUAGCUGCCACGCAAAGUGACCUCCAAAAUGGACUUCAGAUGGGAUGCUUUAGUAGUGUGGAGCUUGUUAUGGCUUAUAUAAGACGCAUCAGCGAAGUCAAUUUGAGAGUCAACUCAGUGCUAGAAGUCAAUCCGGAUUCGUUGAGAAUCGCAGAGCAACUCGACAUCGAAAGACGGCAAGGGAGAACAAGAGGCCCGCUACAUGGCCUGCCUAUUCUCGUCAAGGACCUUAUAGGCACAGAUGAUCGGAUGGAGACAGCAGCUGGCUCUUACGCGCUUGUCGGAUCAAAGGUUCGUGCCGAUGCCACGGUGGUCAAGAAACUCAGAGACAGCGGUGCAAUUAUCCUCGGCAAGACGGGUAUGUCGGAAUGGGCAAACACUCGGUCAAGGCGUCCGUCAAACGGUUGGAAUGCAAGAGGAGGUCAGACGUACGCUGCGUACCAUGAGCAACAGGAUCCUUUAGGAAGCUCAAGUGGCAGCGCCGUGGCUACUGAUCUAAGCCUUACAUUUGCAUCGCUCGGUACCGAAACGAGUGGUAGUAUUCUUCUUCCUAGCGAAAAGAGCAACAUUGUUGGCAUCAAGCCGACUGUCGGUCUCACCUCCCGGUAUAUGGCCAUUCCCAUUAGCGAGCGCGCGGAUACUAUCGGACCCAUGGCGAGAACAGUACGUGACGCAGCAAUGGUACUACAAGCGAUCGUAGGACAGGACGAGAAGGAUAACUAUACCUUGGCGUCACCAUUCUCCAACAACUAUCCUGACUAUGCCGCGGCCUGCAAUUUGGGCGGCCUGGAGGGGAAGCGCAUAGGUGUCCCUCGAAAUGUUAUUGAGGUAUUGCCUAGUAUCUUGGACAAGGCAGCCAUCCCUAUUGUGUCUUCAUUCGAGAGAGCUGUGACAGAGAUCGAGAAGGCUGGUGCUAUAAUCAUCGAGAAUGCAAACUUCACAGCCUACGACGCUUACCGAAUCAGCUCAGCCCCAGCACAGGCCCUAGCGGCCGAUAUGCUAAGUGGCUUACCAAAAUACCUCUCGGCCCUAAACAGCAACCCGAACAACCUCCAGAGCCUCUCAGAUAUCCGUACCUUCACCCGGAACAGCCCUGAAGAAGACUAUCCAGCACGGGACACAGACCUUUGGGACAUGGCACUCCUCGCUGGCAUGAACAAUACAUCCCCGGGUUUUUGGACAAUGUACCGACAAGCUCUCUACCUCGGCGAAGAAGGUGGUCUCCUCGGGGCACUGUCGCGCGACAACCUCGACGCUGUUAUCCUACCUACUCAACUGGCCGGCGACAUACCAGGGAUCCUCGGCUCUCCGGUCAUCACAGUCCCAUUCGAAGCAUUUCCAGCCGAGAUAUCCGUCAAAUACAACGAGCGCGGCGACCUUGUCAACACAGCACCAGGGGUCCCGUUAGGGCUUAGUUUUCUUGGACCAAAGUGGAGCGAGGAGUCUUUGAUUGCGAUGGCAUAUGCAUUUGAACAGCGAACUUUGUCAAGGGAAACAUUGCAUCGGGUCGUUGAGCCGAGGACAUAGUUGAAGGAUGUCCAGGAUGCGUUACGGAACCGGACUUCUUGCUUGCCAAGCUAUAUAAACGGGUAAAAGAUGGUCAUUUAUGCAUUAGUGGAGUGGUCGGAUCCUCAAAAUAGCAUGGAGUCUCCUUUAUCUCACUUUACAGGCUUGCCAUUAUGCUUCAUUUAUACUUAAUUACUUCGCCAUGCUAACAAUCUGAU